AUGGGUGUUCUUGGUGCUUUUUUUUUCUUUUUCCCUUUUAGGAGUCAUUUGUGUUGUCGGGUGUUGGUGGUAAAAAGAAGUGAAGGAAACGAACACGCCGAGGUGAUGGUUAGUUUGUGUAGCAAGAAGGGCCCGUUGGGGGCAGCGCUGAGUUUGUCCGUCGCAACGAUUGGCGCAGGGACUCUCACGCUGCCUUUGACUUUUGAAGACUGUGGAAUUCUUCCUGUCAUUGCGUUUAUGGUCCUCGUUGGGGCCUUUACUGUCAUUUCGAUUGAUUAUCUCAUUCUGUGCGUCGAUAACGUGCAGCUGCGAUCGUAUGAAGAAAUCUCUCGUCAAUUGUUGGGUCGUACGUUUGAGGAGGUUGCCCGCUGGAUGCUUAUUCUUUACAACGUCGGGGUUGCGGCAGGGUACAUUGUCGUUAUUAGAGAACUCUUCGACCCUCUGGUGCCGAUCAUCCGAGGGCACUUCCCAUUUCUCGAUAGUUCCAUGCGUAUCAUUGUGAUUGUUUGGGCAUUUCUGAUGCUUCCCCUGACAUGCAUUCCACAGAUAACAUCUCUACAUUUUGUGUCUUUGAUGGCAAUUGCUUCCACCUUUGUUGUCUCCGGUCUUAUUGCCUACCGCUACUUUGUGCCAUUUCAUUCGACAGCAGCACAAGAGGGUCAUGCUGUGAAGUAUUUUUCUCUAUCACGUCGCAUGGUAUUGGCCCUGCCGAUAUUGAUGUUCUCAUUUGACUGUCAAACACUUGUGUUUCAGAUUUAUGCCGGUAUUGGUGAACAGACCCCAAAAGGUAUGAGGAAAGUGUCGAUAAUUAGCAUCGGGAUCACUGGGAUGGUUUAUUGGGCGGUAGGUCUUUUUGGUUAUCUAUCGAAUACGCCUCAUGUUCACGGUAACAUAUUGACCAAUUAUAAUCCUAUAGAAGACAAACUGUUUGCAGUGGGGGAUGCCAUGUAUUCAUUUACCGUUAUUAUUGCCUAUGUUCUUGUUCUGUUUCCUUCUCGAGAUGCUGUCUUUACAUUAUUGUAUGGAUACAGCAGUACUACCUGUGAUUAUUUUGAUGCUGCUAUAUCGACCAAGGAUAACCUGAUAGCAAGCUUUUUGCUGUCCACGCUUAGCCUGUUAUUGGCCUUGAAGGCCCCCGGGAUUGUGUUUAUUAUCGCGUUGUUGGGAGGUCUUUGUAGUAGUACCCUUUGUUUUAUAUAUCCUGCCACUUUCCGUAUUCGAUUACAUGCGUUGGGUAUUGCUCCGGCAUCCUCAUGGGAACUCUUUAUAGCUUUCGUCAUGUUGGGUCUUGGUUUUAUCGGUGGGGUGAUGGGUAGUGUGGUGAUGUUCACAGGGAUGAGCUAA